UCCAUGUACGAGAACCUCUACCUUCAUGGCUUUGAAGACUCGGAGGCGGGCUCAGCUGAUUCCUACACAAGCCGACCGUCUGACUCAGAUGUGUCCCUGGAGGAGGAGAAGGAGGGUGGGCGGCAGGAGAGGGAGCAGCAGGCCACUGUUCAGCUGGAGAGGGCAAAGAGCAAAGCAGUGGCAUUUGCUGUGAGGACCAAUGUCAGCUACUGCGGCGCGUUGGAUGAGGACGUUCCUGUGCCCGGCACAGCUGUCUCGUUUGAUGCCAAGGACUUCCUCCACAUCAAAGAGAAGUACAACAAUGACUGGUGGAUCGGCCGCCUGGUGAAGGAAGGCUGCGACAUCGGCUUCAUCCCGAGCCCGCUGAAACUGGAAAACAUCCGGCUUCAUCAGGAACAAAAGAGAGGACGCUUCCAUAGCAGCAAAUCCAGCGCAAAUUCCUCCUCCAGUCUGGGAGAAAUGGUGUCAGGCACAUUCAAGCCAAACCCAAACUCAGCAGGAAAGCAGAAACAAAAAGUGGCGGAACACGUCCCUCCAUACGAUGUGGUUCCCUCUAUGAGGCCGGUGGUCCUGGUAGGACCGUCCCUGAAAGGUUACGAGGUAACGGAUAUGAUGCAGAAAGCGCUGUUUGACUUCCUGAAGCACAGGUUUGAUGGGAGGAUAUCCAUCACGAGGGUUACCGCUGAUAUAUCGUUGGCCAAGAGGUCAGUACUUAACAACCCCAGUAAGCGGGCCAUCAUUGAGAGAUCCAACACCCGCUCCAACCUUGCUGAGGUCCAGAGUGAGAUAGAAAGGAUCUUUGAGUUGGCCCGAUCUCUGCAGCUCGUGAUUUUGGAUGCUGACACCAUUAAUCACCCAGCACAGCUUAUUAAGACCUCAUUAGCUCCCAUAAUUGUCCACGUUAAGGUGUCAUCUCCUAAGGUCCUGCAGCGUCUAAUCAAAUCACGAGGAAAGUCCCAAAGCAAACACUUAAACGUGCAGCUUGUUGCUGCAGAAAAACUAGCUCAGUGUCCAUCCGAAAUGUUUGAUAUUAUUUUGGACGAGAACCAGCUUGAAGAUGCCUGUGAACACCUGGCAGAAUAUCUGGAGGCGUACUGGCGUGCUACCCAUACUUCACUUAGUACGCCACUCAACCCCCUGCUGGGACGCAAUCUGGGCUCCACUGCCCUCUCCCCAUAUCCAGCUGCCAUUCAGGCCCAAAAGAAUCGAAACAGCAACCACACAACAACUGACCAUUCCCCAGUCGAGCGCCGCAGCCUGAUGCCUGCAGACGAGAACUACCACAACGAACGGGCGCGCAAGAAUCGCAACCGCCUGUCCUCGGGCUCGCAGCACAGCAGGGACCACUCUCCACUGAUAGAGGAGGACUACCAGGACCCCUAUCAGGACUCUUACAAGCCUCACCGCAAUCGGGGAUCCCCCGGGGGCUACAGCCAGGAAUCCAGGCACAGGCUCUGAGCUGAUGCUUUUUCUCCAAACAUCCACCGAGAACACGAGAGCCGAGGCCGCGUCAGGCGCUCUAACGUCCCGCUAAACCUACGACAGCCAUGUGAACUGGAACGAUCUCUUAUGUCUGUGUAGUACCUCGUAUCCCCAUUUGACUUUGGUUGUUGCUAAAUGGACAUUUACAACCUAAUAAACAAAAACUGCCUUUGCUAUGAUGUGAAUACGGGGGUGGGGUGUGGGGGUGGACAUGUAGCACAAGAACUAUGUUUCGAUGGAAUGGUGGAAGUUGAGCUCGUUUUUAAAACGUCACACAAGUAGCUUGCGAGGGAAUGUGCGGGGGAGUGGGCUCUUCUACGCUUCCCCUGCCAUCUCAGCUGCCCCUGUAGCAUGUAGGCGGGGCUGUGAAGCCAGUGCCAGACAGUAUACUGCCUUGAUUAGCCACUCAGCACAAAACUUAGAGCUGAGGGGAGCAACAUAUGCCAAUAUUCAUACGUCUGUGUGCCACUGUCCUCAACCUGAGUGGGAGAGCCUCCUAAAAGCUUGUCCAUCCAGUUGCUUCCUGUACCCCUUCUUUGUUUUCCCAGAAAUCUUUUUUUUUUUUUUCGUUUCCAAAAUCGUGCAGAUAUAGAGACAUUUAAGGCUCCAAACCUCAGGAACGAGAGGUCACUAAGACCUGGAAGUGUAGCGUUUGUUAUCUUUCCCUUCUGGCAGGAAUCUAAUUUUAGGUGUACUAUUUAAUAUACAGUGCCUACCAAGAAUAUUCACAGUUGACGUUAUAUUGGGAUAAAACAAGGUGGUGGGAGCAUCAUACUGUGGUGAUACUUACCUGAGAGGGUGGAAAGAGGGAGCUAAAUAAGGUGCAAUCCUGGAAAAACCUGCUGGAGGCCCCAAAAUAUCUAUGUUUAGGGUGAAGUACACCAAGAGCCACUAUGGAAUACGUUGAGUUGUUAAAAUGAUCCACACCUAAAUCCAAAUGAGAAUGGCAAGACUUGAAAAUUGCUGUUCACGCAUGCCUUCCAUCCAUGCUGGUAGAUUUGCUUGAAAGAUUUCAAGCUGAAAUGCACAGCAAAAACGGUUUCUAAAUAGUGUCACCUCAGGGGGGCUGAAUACAAAUGCACGCCACACUUUUCAGAUUUAGUAAACAAUCGUUUGAAAGCCAUGUAUUCUUUUUCUCUCACCGCACAAACAUCUGGUAAGAUACGUUGAUCUACCGCAUAAAAUCUCAAAGAUACGUUGAAUUUUGGGUUGAUGAAAUGCAGAGAUGUUCAAAGGGUGUGAAUGCUUUUGUAAGGCACUGUAGCUGUAAUGGAAUGAUGUAAUAGGCCUUUGGCUUUUGUCUUGAGAUAUACAUUUAGCAGGGCAUGGUUACAAUAAAUGAGAGCGGUGUUUAGUUUGUGACAUAUUGAGGUCUUCCAUGUGUAAAUACUGUCAGAAAUUACAGGAAAGUAAUCGCCUUCUGUCUAAAGUUUCAGUUUUGGUAAAUCUCAUGGAAUGUUUUUUUUUUUUUUUUUUUUUUUUUUGUCAGGAUCUUGCAAAUAUCUCAGAAUUAGAAAAAUAUAUAUAAUUUUUUAACGGUUUUCUAAAAUUACUGAAAAAUAUUCAUAGAGUAGAAAAUGAUCCUGACCCUGCAGCUUUUUGUAUUAUUUCAAUUUCCAUUAGAAACUCUUGAUAGAUGGAAAAUUACGUGAGUAAGGCCAGAUUUUGCUGUAGUAAUGUGCCAAUCAGAGCUUUGCUGGCCAAUACUAACAUUUAAACGUGACUAUCAAUGGAUGGAGUUUAGGACCACCAGCCUGAUCUUUGUCUGAGUUUUACUAAACCCAAAACAAAUUGCAUCAAAGGACAUGAUGUCUUGAUGUGUUUACAAUUGUAAAAUAGUUACAAAAUGACUAGUUUUAGGUUUUGAUGCAUAUAUGGAACAGGGAAAAGGGAUUCUUCCGUAUCUGACCUGCUUUAUUACGUUUUAGAGCCGAUUGGAUUAAAAUCGGUAGCGUUCAGUCACUGGAAUCAGCUGUCGUAUCACCUCUUUCUCGUCUUUAACAGAGUUCACGUCUAUUACAUGCUGCUUUUUUUUUUUUACAAAUGUGGUGGAUUUUCCUGUGUUUUUCAUCUAAACGUACACUGCCAAUAAACACGGUCUCAAAGUGACACGCUCUUGAACUUUGUAACAAACCCAUGCGGUUCUUUUCAAUCCAUAUGGGUCAUAAACGACACGCUGCAGUAAAAUCAGGAGGAAACAGAAAGAGAUUUAUCUUUUUUUGUUGUCGUCGUCGUUGCUGUUGUUUUUUUUUUUUUUUUCAAAUAGAGGAGCAUUAACUGAAAAUCUGAAAAUAUAACUGCUUGUGUGAGAAAGAUGCAUUAAUUAGAAGUAUAUGUGCAUUGUCAUUUUACAACUGUAUUAAUAAAAUACAACUACGCUGUA